GACAUGCGUCCGAAGCUAUCGUUGUGUCCACGAUAAACAUCCCAAAGAAAACCGAAAUUCGUGUUACAGGUCCCCGCGGCGCCGUUGGCGGUUGCAGUACCCCCGGCAGUAGAGUGGAUCCCUGGUGGAAUCCUGGUUCCCUCUUCCCAUCGACCCCUGGGCCCCCAAGGAUCGACGAGGGGGCACCGGACAACGGUAGCGGUGGUUUCCAGUUCUGCGGUCCACCGAAUACUAUCGCGAACAAUCCGUCGCAAUCACAUCAUUCCAACCAACGUCACCAUCAGCCGAGUCAGUCGACAACCGGCAGAAACGUGUGCACCAGCUACGGUAUCGCCUCGACCGCGUCCUCUUCGUGCUCGUCGUCGAGCCUCGGUCACGUGGACACGGUAGCGCGAGGCGCCGAUGCCGUAGCCUCGGCCAACAGCGUGUACGGCAUCGCGACGACGUCAUCGGCCAGCAACUUGAUCCUCUCGGCGCUCUUGACCACCACGUCCUCCGGAGACACGCAGAGUCAAACGUCGCGAGCUGGUGGCCCAGCCACCUCGUCGACGACGUCGCACGGCCUCGCGAACGCGAGGACCAUUACCACCACCACCACCACCACCAGCAGCAGCAGCAGAAGCAGCAACAAUAGUAGCAACGUGUCAGCAGAUUCCUUAAACGGUAUCCUAUCGUCUCUAAACGUCCGGAUCAAGACGGAGGAGUAUCCGAAAAUACGCGCGGAGGAACGAAGAACGACAAACGCGACACUUUCAUCAGCGUCACCGUCGUUGUCUUCGUCCUCGACGACGUUCAACGCAUCACUCCUCAGCACCUUGCUGUCCACGUCGCGGAUCUCCUCGGCUACUACCUGCCGAAGCGACAGCGAGGACGACAUUCUGUCGAGAUCGUGCAUCAAGCUCGACUACCCGACAGACCCGCAGCAUCAGCAGCCAGGCCAAGAUCAACAACAGGAGGGACAACAGUCGGCGGUGCGUGGCAUCAAGGUUGAAUACCCGCUCAGUCAUUCGUCGCAGGACGUUCUGGACACCGGCGAAGAGGAGGAACUGGCCGCCACGUCCCCCUACGACAUCAUUGCAGCCGGAAAUCCCAGGUGUCUGUCGGCGAAGCAGGCCACCACAGGCAAGAGCCAGGCGAGUCCUUUGGUGAAGGACGUGAUCGUGCCACCCUGUCCGGGCGGUGUGUCGCCGACCUCGGACAUUGUGAUCGAGAUGAAGUACGAGACGCAGUCAGGCCCACCGGCGGCGCCGCCUCAUCUAACCUCGUCUGGCGUGGAGCCACCGCACAGUAGUCAAGGAACGGGCAUCGUGGUCGGCGGCUCGCCGGCGGAGGUUGUCGGCGUGGACAGUUUACUGUUGUCGCCGUGGGGCGCGACCGGGCCAGACUUCCUGGAGCCUCCCGACGUGAAGCAAACGGCAGCUGGUCUGCAGGAUGCUUGGGACACUCUGCUUCUUGGCUCGUCGGUGGGCGUAGCCUCGGCGCAAUCGUUGGCAGAAUUGAAACCGCUACCGCCAUUCACCGGUUACACCGGCCACUUGAGUAUCAACGGUAUACCCGGUCAUCACUAUCACGCGAUCGCGUCUGCUCAGAGACCGUCGUUACCCUCCUCCUCGCCCACGUCCUCCUCGAAUCAGGAGUACUACGAGUCACCGGUUGUAUCCUCCAGCACGCCGUGUCCGCAGGGUAGUCAGAAGCAGCAGCAGCAGCAACAACAACAGCAACAGCAACAGCAACAGCAGCAGCAGCAGCAGCAGCAACAACAGCAGCAACACCAUCAACAUCAGCAGCAACAGCAGCAGCAGCAGCAGCAGCAUCACCAUCACCAUCAUCAUCAUCAUCAACAGCAGCAACAGCUGCCACAGUCGACGCAGCAGGUGGAUUACGACAUCGAAGACAUAGCGGAGAUCAUCGGGUCGGCGAUAGCGGACACGACGGUCCCCGGUGGUGGUAACGGGCCAGGCUCGGAGCACGAUCCGGACGCGUCGCGAGACUGGAUCGACAUCGCCGAGUGGAUCGACACCGCCUGUUCGCCAAAAGCCCAAGAGACCACGUCGCCUAGCCCGUACUCUCAGAUAUACGCGACGGCCACGCCUUCCACGCAAACGCAGCAACACGGCUCCACGUUGCAGAGUUUGCUAACGCACGGUUACGCGCCGUUGAUCAACGCGAGGUUACAAUCGGCGAACGCCGGCCUCCAAAACGCGUCAUGCGGCGAGACACCGUCGUCGACGAGCCCCUAUCCACCUGUCAGCCCGCCCGGCCGAGUCUCCACCUCCUGCAGCCCCGAUCACCUGCUGCACUCGUCGUUCGCGACGCCCUCGCAUCCGAGAAAGAGGUCACGGCCAACACCGGGCUCGCAGAACCCGUCGAAAAAGAGCCCGGGCACAGGGGCGGCGGCGCUCCCCUACGGAACGGAAUCUGGCCUGAUUGGCGGCAAGGAGAAACCCGUUCACAGGUGUUCCAUCUGUAACCGAGGCUUCCUGAACAAGAGCAACAUCAAGGUGCACCUGAGAACGCACACCGGCGAGAAGCCGUUCAGGUGCGACGUAUGCGGCAAGGCAUUCCGACAGAAGGCGCAUCUCAUCAAACAUCAACAAAUUCACAAGAGGAUCGGCAGGGACUAGAUGAAGCUUCUCUCUCUCUCUCUUUCUCUUUCUCUCGCCGUGCGUUUCCGUGUGUACCUAAACUACUACUGUAAGUACCUAUUGACAAAGUAGCGCUGAUUGGUGGCCAAACCGUGGACACGAGGACACGUGUGACGUGUGACUCACGUGUUUUCAAAACGAACGACGAACGUGUCGGCGAGAUCAAGUCGUCCAGGAACGGGCGAAUGACACAUCGUAGCUAGCGUAGAAGAGAAUGGGACUCGAGCAGCUCGAGGUUCCUUCGAGAUGGAUGGCCACUGGAUGGAUACGCGAAACUGAAUCCAGGAAAAGUGAGAUGAUCUCUCCGUGCUGUGUUAUAUCGACGACGAUGAAGGCGAGGGCGAACCCCGCUGGUCGCAAUAUAUAUGCGGUGUGUACAUAGAAAUACGUGUCGGUAACAGAGCACACGUGCGUGCGCGAAAAUAUAUAACGUAGAAAGAAUCGAACGAUUACAAGAUGUGCAGUAAAAUUAAGA